AUGGACGUUUCGUCGAUGUCCGCCGAGGAGCUGCGAGCGGCGAUCGAGGACGAACGGCGGCAGGCGGAAGCGGAGGAGGCGAGGCUUCCAGAGCUCCACGCCGAGGCCGAGCAGGCCAGGGAGCGGCAGAUGCUGCGGCUACAGCUGCAGGACAUGAUAGAGAGGCGGAUGGACGCACAGGAGCGCAAUGCAGUGGAAAUCGAUUUUCGAGAGGCCUUUGACGGUGACGUUGUGUUCAACAGAGUUGUUCGUCCACCAAGAAAUCCAAAAAGGCAAUGUGCCGUUCAAGCAAGUGGUGGGGAAAGCAGCAACUUUCGCGACAUGAUCUCUACGGGCGAGCAUGUGUGGAGAAUCGAGGGCUUUUCCUGGGUGCCAUGUGCACUCGAGCAGGAUUCACUCAGGGAUGGCUCGACUCUUCACUUUGUGGAGUCGAGCUUUGAGCUUGGAAACGUGAGAUUCGACUGUCGUUACAGCCCAUGGGCCAGCUACAUAGGUGACCAGCGGAAAGGGUCUCUCGCCAUAGCUCUGAGCACAAGGUAUGACGAAUGCAUCGCACUUCGGUGUCGCAUCUCUGUCAAGGGCCGGAGCGGUGAAUUUGUGCAAUGGGGCGAAACGCAGAAUGUCAUCCACGAUGGCACGUGGCAUGCGUGUGGCCCCGAUGUGCACUGGGCGGGUCAUCCUCCUGCGUCGCUGGGCAUCUUCGGGCUGAGCCACGAGGAGCUGCUGCGGUCCGAUUGGGUGCAGAACGACACCCUGACUGUGAAGUUCGAGCUCGAAGUUCGUCCUGACAAAGUCGAAACAAAGCAGCGCUUGAGCCUUUCUUCGGAGGUUCCCGAGCCGACCAUCCUCGAUGAUACGCAGGCGCUCUUGGAGGAGGGCACCUGCAGCGAUGUCAAGCUCAUGGUGCAGGACGAGGUGAUCCACGCGCACUCCCAGAUUCUGUGUGCGAGGUCCGAGGUGUUCCGCAAACAACUCACCACAGGCAUGCAGGAGAGCAUCUCGAAAGUCAUCGUGAUCGAGGACUGCGAUGCCGACAUCUUCAAGGCUUUCCUGCAGUUUCUCUACACUGAUCGGUUGCCAGAUGCGCGGUGGUGCCUUCCGAAGGCAACCUCAAGCGACAACGAGACAGAGAGCGGCGGCCGUCAGUUGUCGGGGAUUCAGGCGCUUUUGGCGGUGAGUAACAAAUACGGGGUCACGCGGCUACAGCUGUGGUGUGAGGCGAAGCUUUCCGAACAAGUAGACACCUCGCAGGUUUGCGAAAUCCUCCUCCAAGCACAUCUCUUGCAGGCGAAGCAGCUGGAGAAGUCAUGUCUCUCUUUCAUCAAGGACCACGCAGCUCAGGUGCUCACCCUACCUGCCUACAUUGAGUUGGUCAAGAAGUGGCCUCAGAUCGGGGUGAAGGUCAGCCUCGUCUCUGCGGGAGUUUCGGAUGAAGAGUUGUCGGCGGCCAUGGGUGGCUUGGAAAAGCCACAAGAGCAGGAGUCGGAGCAGGCUACCGCAUCAGGCAGUUGUUUGCCCUCUUGA